AUGAUUACCGACAGCCAACUCUACUCGCUCGCCAUCUUCCUCGGAAGCGCUGCUAUGCUGCUCAUCGUCCUAUACCAUUUCCUCGAGGUCAAUUCCGACGAUCACAAAGUUGAGGAGAAGCCCAAGGCCGCGUCAGGCAAGGUCAAGGCAUGA